GAAUGCUAACGGCGGGUGAUAGCUUGUUAGCUAGUCUCACCAUAGACGGUCAUAGAUAUAUACACAGACGGUAAGCUGACAGGUAUCGUGCCAAGGUACUUAUCCCCGCCAGGAUUUGUAUCCCCUGGCCACAAGAGCGCGCGUGCACUCUUUAUUCAAAAUCAUUUCGAAUUCACUUCUUAAAUGGAACAAAUAGCGACGUGGAAUACUUGACAGGAUUUUCCAUAAUAACAAGGGUCUCAUUUAUCUACAUAAAUACGUUUAUUUGUCUGUUGCAUUUAGGCGACGUGUAAAUUGUUUAAUGCUUCGUUUAUUAUUGUGGAUUAAUCGACAGUGUUUUCCAAAAGUUCCAUAUUGGCAUGCACCUUAGCUACAUAGGCCAACCGAUAGUGAGUCAUGCAGGUUUAUGAACAAUAGUUUUUCCUCGUCUUUGCUAACCCGUCCCUCACUGCCCUCUAACGUGAUUUCUGUUAUCAUUUAAUUUAGUUUAAUAUGGCUUUUCAAUUAACCGCUUUGUUCACUUGUCUACCAUGUAAGUUACAGAAGGGAUACACAAAAUAUCAGGCCGUUUUUUCACCUGAUAUAAUAUCCCCUCCCCUAACAUGCAAAGGUCCUGUCCUCAUCAUGUGUGUUAUUUUCUGACUUUACCAGGUCAUAAUAAACAACCUGAGAUAAUAUGGAGAUGUCUGCUGUUUUCUAGCAAUAGUUAGAUUAUUAUAUUAUUAUAUAUAGGAGUACCUUGGCACGACACCGGAACUAUUGUACGGUGGUCUCUGUUGCAUCAGGGUACCACCAGCGGACGGACACGUAGUUGUCGUUUUCAAACAAACCCUUUCUCAAUUUAGCUAUGCUUAUUGUUAUGUACUUUUUUUUAAACUUUUUGUAUCAGUAACGUUAGUUAUAUACUAACAUGUUGAUAUAUUAGCGCAACGUUAGCUAAACAAUGGUAGUGUUUGUGAUACGGGAUUACGUUAGCUAGCUUUUUUUUAGGUAUGGCUUUAGAGUAUUUUUAGCUAACGUUAAUAUUUUUAGCUAAUAUAUGCUAGUCACGCAAUAGUACGAUUCUGCUAGCUGUCGUCAACCGCAUUAGCUACAUCUAAUAUGUUCAAGCUUUGUGUUGACACGUCGAAAAACGCAACACUGUAUAUGACAUCUAAAUUUUAGCUUGGUCUUAACUGUCCUCAAAUGAGGUAACGUUAGCGGAUGCACACUCGCCCAAUACUCCUCUAACGUUAGCGUGUGUAAGGGUUAACGUUAGCUAGCUACACGCCAACGUUAGAUGUUACAAAAUCAUUUGGGCUAUAUUAAGCAACGCAGGAAAGUGACGUUUGAGUUGCCAGCCAGUGUAGCUACUGCUUUGGCGAAGUCAGGCAUGACUUGAAGUGUGCAUUGCUCCAGAUAAUCCUGUCACCUUUGCAGUGGUAAAAGGUUAAUUACCAUCGGUGGGAUAUUUGGUCUUGUUUACCUGCAAAAUGCCUGGCCUCGUGGUGUUUGGUCGGCGGUGGGGGAUCGCCAGCGACGACCUUGUUUUCCCCGGCUCCUUUGAACUGUUCGUCCGUGUGCUUUGGUGGAUUGGCACCAUGAUCCUAUUCACUUAUCACAAGGGUCAUUUUGAUUGUAAUGGGAGAGGAGUUCUUCACAGCUAUCUGGUCGGACUGUUGGUUGUGCUGGCGCUCAUCAUCCUGUCACUUUGUGCUAUUGUCUACGUCAGUGCCCAAGGGACUAUUACAAACCCCGGCCCACGGCGCUCUAUCCCUGCGCUGGUGUACCUGCGAGCUAUCCUGUACAUCCCUGAGCUGGUGUGGGCCUGUCUGGGAGCUGUCUGGGUGUCUGAUGACAGCAAAGGCUGCGAUCCCGCCACAGUGGGUGCUGUCAUCACAGCAGUGGUUGCUAGCUGGAUCAUCCUGCUGUUCACUGGGUUGGGCGUGGUAUUUGUGUUUGACCCGAUGGGGAACCCCCGUCCUCAGCCUGCUGCCGUGGAGCCGCUGGGAGUAAGAGACCUGCAGAGCAACGAGGGCACCCAGUUCUUCUCCACGGCUCGCUCUCUGGCUGUCAAGGUGUGGGAAAACAGGCUGCGGCUCCUGUGCUGUUGUCUGCCGCAGGACGAAAGCCACCGAGCAGCGUUCUCCAGCAUCGCGCAGCUCGUCGGUGGAUUCUUCUCUGACACAGACCUGGUCCCCAGUGACAUAGCAGCUGGUUUGGCUCUGCUGCACCAGGAGCAGGAUAAAAUGGAGCAAAGUAGAGACCCAGACGUCAUGGUCGAUCACAGCCCUUCCUCUCCCAUCGGAGAAGAUAUGGAGACAGAGUUGGAGAAAGCAGCUCACUGUAUGCGAUUUGCUGCAGCAGCCUAUGGCUGGCCGCUGUACGUUUACUCCAACCUCCUAACUGGGCCCUGCAAACUUAGUGGAGACUGCUGUAGAGGUCGUGCAGCCGAGUAUGAAAUCGUCGGAGGGGACCACCUCGGCUGUCACUUUACAUCCAUCCUGCACAGCACUGGUUUGCAGUACAGAGACUUCAUCUACGUCAGCUUCCACAACCAGAUCUAUGAGAUCCCCUUCUACGUGGCUCUGGAUCAUAAGAGAGAGGCUGUUCUUGUGGCUGUCCGAGGAACACUGUCACUGAGGGAUGUCCUAACAGACCUGUCUGCUGAAUGUGAGAACCUGCCUGUAGAAGGAGUCUCUGGAGCCUGCUACGCUCACAAGGGCAUGUGCCAGGCAGCAGGUUACAUUUACAAGAAGCUGGUCACUGAUGGCAUCCUGAACCAGGCCUUCUCCAUUGCACCGGAGUAUAAACUGGUCAUCACAGGUCACAGUCUGGGUGCUGGCACAGCAUCACUGCUAGCUAUCCUCUUGCGCAAUUCCUUCCCCACCCUGCAGUGCUACUCCUUCUCUCCGCCAGGGGGACUCCUGAGUAAAGCCUUAGCUGAUUACUCCAAGGACUUUGUGGUCUCGGUUGUGCUGGGAAAGGAUUUGGUACCCAGAUUGAGCAUUCCCAAUAUGGAGGAUCUGAAGAGAAGGAUUCUUAAAAUAGUUUCAAACUGCAAUAAGCCCAAGUACCGCAUCCUGCUGCAGGGAUGUUGGUACGAGCUCUUCGGAGGAGACCCCGAUGACUUCCCCACUGAGAUGGACAACAGGAGGGAGGAGGAGCUUAGCCAGCCACUGUUGGGGGAGGAGUCACUGAUGAUUCGCCACUCAUCGUCCUAUCAGAGCCUGGCGUCUGAUGACUCACCUGCCCAUACUGCUGCCCACUUACCUCUCUUCUUGCCCGGACGCGUUCUGCAUAUCACAGAAGAUGGGCCGUCACGGAGAUCCUGUUUUUCCCAGGUCCGGUACCGCGCAGACUGGUCCAAUGAAAUGGCGUUCAGGAGUGUUUUGAUCAGUCCCAGGAUGCUUGCAGAUCACAUGCCCGACGCUGUCCUCCGAGCACUCGACAGCCUGACCAGAGACAAGCCCUUCUCCCUCUGCCCGUCAUCUUCAACCAACAGCCAGCACAAUACUAUCUGAAUGUGAUAUAGAGACGUAACUCUUAUGUCUGUGCUCCCUGGCUCUGCAGUAUUUUAAACCCACCGGUUUGUAUGUCUGAUUUUCUCAACACCUGAUACAGGACCAUUUCAAAUCCGUCAUGCUCUUCAUUUGCAUCUCGUUUGCAGGCCCGAUCCUAAAGCCCCCUUUUCUAACUAAGACAUUUGGAAACUGGAUUGUAAUGCAAUACAUGAAACCAUAGAGACAUUGUGAGUGAGACUCCAUGAAAACACUUGAUCAGUUCAAGUGUUGGGGCACAAGUACAGUACUUCGUUAAAUUGCACUUUUAUUAAUUUCAUUUAAAUAAUUUGUUUCAUUUCAGCUCUCUGAGUUACUCCAUGAGGAACUUUAUGCCAUGAUCUUUGAAUGUGCUUUGUGUACAAUAUUUGAUAGUGCUGCAGCUUUACUGUAAUGUCGGUGUUUUAUGUUUGUGUGAGUGCCGUAGGCCUGGCAGAGGCUGCCCCGUGGUCACUGAAUGUGUCAGACGCUGUCUUCCUUAUAUAGGUAACUUUUACCUCAAAAUGUGGACCGAAGCAUUACGUCGUCAUUGUAUAGUAACUGUGGUUUGUCUGUCUUGUGUUUAAUAUCUUGAUAAAUCAGGGUGAACAGUGCCUAUACACAUAAAUAAGUCACAGAAAUGCUUUACAGAAAAAUAACUGUGAUGAGUGCACUGUGUUUACAGUAAGUUUCUGUUUCUAAAUAGUGCAUGGUGUUUGGCAAAAUAAAUGAAAGAUGUAAGAGGUACAAAGAUUGUACAUUGUGUGGGAACCUGUUUACUUGCCAUAGAUAUUACAAUUUGUUUUCCCCCGGUAAUAUUUAAUAUUAAAGUUAAAUCAAUUGAUGCCUGCAUAACAAUUUCACAUUCCCAAUUUGAUUGCCUUGGACUCAUUGAUACGAAUAAAAACUCUUGUGAAGCACA